CGGAGCCGCGGCAGGAGUAGGGACGGAACCGCCGCUUCCCCGAGGAGAAGGCGGAAAGCGCGGGAGAGCCAUGAAACCACCGCAGCGCGGAGGCGGCACUCAGUGAGCGCUCCCGCAGAAAGCCUGUCCCCUCCCGGCGGCCGUACCGCCGUUCCCGCCUAAACGGGGCGGGCGUGGCGGCGGUGCCGCCGUGAGGGGCCCCGCGGCCAUGAAGGCGCUGCGGCGGCUGAGCCGGCACCGCACCGCGCUGGGGCUCGGCGGGCUCUCGCUCUGCGCCGCCGUCCUGCUCUAUCUCGCCAAGUGCACCUCCGAGGGGCUGCGCCCGCUGCCCGCGCCCCCCGCGCUCCCACACAGCCAGCCCGGCUGGGGGGCCCGCGCCGCGCCCCCGGCCGGCCCCGAGGGCAGCGCCUUCGUGGCCGUGGUGGUGAUGAGCGGCCCCAAGUACAGCGAGCGGCGCAGCAUCAUCCGCAGCACCUGGAUGGCCGCGGCGCGGCAGGCGCCUCACGGCCACGUCUGGAGCCGCUUCGUGGUGGGCACGGCGGGGCUGAGCGCCGAGGAGCUGCGGAGCCUGGAGCUGGAGCAGAGCCGCCACCGCGACCUGCUGCUGCUGCCCGAGCUGCGCGACUCCUACGAGAACCUCACGGCCAAGGUGCUGGCCACCUACGUGUGGCUGGACGCGCACCUGGACUUCCAGUUCGCCCUCAAGGCGGACGACGACACCUUCGUGCGCUUGGACGUGCUGGUGGAGGAGCUGAGGGCCAAGGAGCCGCGGCGCCUCUACUGGGGCUUCUUCUCGGGCCGCGGGCGGGUGAAAUCCGGGGGGAAGUGGAAGGAGAGCGCCUGGCUGCUGUGCGAUUAUUACCUGCCCUACGCGCUGGGCGGCGGCUACGUGAUCUCCGCCGACCUGGUGCGCUACCUGCGCCUCAGCAGGGACUACCUGAACCUGUGGCAGAGCGAGGACGUGUCCCUGGGCGUGUGGCUGGCGCCCAUCGACGUGAAGAGAGUGCACGACCCCCGCUUCGACACCGAGUACAAAUCGCGCGGCUGCAGCAACAAAUACAUCGUGACUCACAAGCAGAGCAUCGAGGACAUGCUGGAGAAGCACCAGACGCUGGCCAAGGAAGGGAAGCUCUGUAAGGAGGAGGUGAAGCUCAGGCUUUCCUACAUGUACGACUGGGGAGUGCCUCCCUCGCAGUGCUGCCAGAGGAAGGACGGCAUCCCCUGAAGGCCUCGGGAAGAGGCCUCGCGAUGGUGGACUCUGGUUGCUGUUACACGGGGAGAAUCCCAUGCAAAUGGAAUUCUUGCCUCAGUUUCUCCCUCAGAACAUUGGGCCCAAGGCUUUGGGAUGCAGGCAUGGCUGGAUGUAGGGAAGAGCAGAAUCCUGGGAUCUCCCACUCCACAUCCAAGGACAGACCUCCCAAAUCCCAGCCCGGUGCUGUGAAUCCAUAAUUCCAGCAGAACUGAGUGGGAAGAGCUGAUAAAAUGGAAUUAUUGCCUCAGUUUCUCCCUCAGAACAUUGGGAACAAAUGAUUCCCCUCAGGCACCGAUCCCAAAGGCUUUGGGAUGCAGGCCUGGCUGGAUUUAGGGAAGAGCAGCUAAUUGGACUCAGGGUUAAUUACUCUUAGAAAGAUUUUGCACGACUCAUUCUGUCACCCUGACACUCCCUGAGAGCUGCUGACGUGGCAUGGUUAAAGAUGCUUAAAAAAUAAAAUAAAAUAAAACAAGUGCCAGAAAGCACAGCAAAAGGUCAAAUGCCAGGAUUAAAGGCAAAUAAAAGGUGUCAAAACACAAAAAGUAGAGAAAAGGGGGGGAGAGAACUGGAAUGAAAAGUUGGAUCAGAUUCUGAGGUUGGUUUGCUAAAGGUCACGCUAAGUUUUGGUGCUGAUAAGGCUAAAAUGAGGCUGCUGUUUAUUCCUUGGCAAGGAAAGGCCAGUUUGGCAAGGAGGGAAGAGCCCAAAGUGGGAGCAGAGGAUUCCAGAGGGUGGGAACAGGGAUCGGCUUUUCCUGGGACAGCUGCAGGGAGAGGUGCUCAGGGCCGGGGCAAUUCCCCCCUCUCUCCACACAUUCACUGAAUUCAUUGUCAGUGGCAGGUCCAGAACGGGGCUGUUCCCAGUCCUGCCUCCCGCAGCCUCGGGCACGAUUGCUUUGGGUUCGGGUUAGGGUUAGGGUUAGGGUUAGGGUUAGGGUUAGGAAUUCUGGAAUUCCCACAUUCUCCAGGGGCAGCUGCUCCAGAGCUCCCCCAGUGCCCCGUGCCAGCUGCAGCCCCUGCAGCGUGGCCAGGUUUUACUUUGGAAAUGUAAAAUUGCAUUUCUUAAACGUCUUUUUGGUGAGGUUUUUUGGGUUUUUUGUGUUUGUUGCACUCUGCACUUUCAUUCCCAUUCCUUUCCCUCCUUCCCAGCUCUGGCUGCAAGAGACAAAUGGCACAGAAAAAUUGAAAAUUAAAAAAGUGCCAAUUUCUCUUUCUUGUUGCUUAGCAAAAUUAGGAAUUUUAGGAAUUAGGAAAACCAAAGGGAUCAGUUCCAUUGGAAUUUUAUUUUUUUGUUAUUCUUGUUUUAAUUAAUUAUUUACUGAAGAUCAAAAAUCUUCAGAAGAUUUUUUUUAUUUUGAAAUUUUCAAGGCUUUUUUUCCUAAAACAAAACUAAAAUCCUGCAAAAACUCAAUUAUUUUAGCAUGUUGAACUCAAUUAUUAUAAUUAUUAUUCUAAUAAUUAUAGUUAUUAUUAUAAUGCAUGCAUAGGGAUUACCAAGGAGUACUUUUCCCCACAUAUCCUAUUCCAAAGCAGGAAUUUUCCAGGAUGUCAGCAACUCCCAGUUUUUUAAACAUCCAUUUGCCAUCUGAGGUUCAUCAGUGUUGUCUGUGUCGUGAUAAAUUACCUGUAAUGUGAAUAUUUAUUUAUAAUUCUAUUUAUUUAUAAUUCUUGCCAGUGUAUUCUCUUUAUUUUCCCAGAAAAAAUACAAAUAAAUCAAUUUAUUCCCAGAAUAACAUCCAUUUUCCCAUUAUUUUAUCCACCUUUACCCUUUUGUCCCAGGAAAAUUACAAAUAAAUCCAUUUAUCCCCGUCAUAA